GAGCAAUAAUUCACCAUUUGAUGGAACAAAGUGUCGCGUAUGCUACGAAGAAAGUUAGUUACGCAUCGGUUUGUCUAUUAUUAAGGGUAGAACUUGAAAUUCGUAACUUCCAUCCAUCGCCUGGUCUUUAGUGUUCUGGGAUCACAACAGAGGAAAGCAUCCCCGAAAUAAACUGUGUCAUACUGUGCGAGUAUCAUCGUUAACGGCAAAAUGAGUGGUCCCAUUUUUGGAAGCGGCAACACGGUCGGUGGUAGUUCCGGUGGGAACAGACAUCUCGUGGAGUUCCGUGCUGGUCGGAUGAAUAUGGUUAACAAGAUGGUGCAUCCUGAUAAUCGCAAAGGAUUGGUCUAUGUGUAUCAAGCGGAGGACGGUUUGAUACACUUCUGCUGGAAAGAUCGUACAACUGGAACAGUUGAAGAUGAUUUGAUCCUCUUCCCGGACGACUGCGAGUUUAAAAAACUCGAAUAUGUGAAGAAUGGACGAGUGUUUGUGUUGAAAUUCAAAUCAUCCAGCCGCAAGCUGUUUUUCUGGAUGCAAGAACCUAAAACAGAUCGCGACGAGGAAUGGUGCCGUCGAAUCAAUGAGGUGAUCAAUAAUCCACCUUCGGGCAACACCAUCGGUUCUGGAGGUAGAAACGGAAGCAGUGACAAUGGAGACUUGCAGUAUAUGUUGAACAACAUGUCACAGCAGCAGAUAAUGCAAUUGUUCGGCGGUGUUGGUCAGAUGGGCGGAUUGAGCAGUCUUCUUGGAUCAAUGACUCGAUCAUCUUCCGGUAAUUCAAGCAGCCGAACCAGCGCCGCUUCUCCAUCGAAUCGCAGUAAUCUAUCGGGAGCUAACAAUACCGGCGGUUCAACCUCUACUCCAAACGCGGCACUUAAUGCACCUUCUACGCCACGCGCUCCGAAAAAAACCUCCAGCAGCUCGAAAACGAGUGCUACAACCGCGUCCACUGGCUCUUCAUCGAGCACUCCAAAUUCACGUGCUACUGGAAGUACCGAUUCAUCAGCUACAGACGGUGGUGCCAGAAUUUUGCUGUCUGAUCUACAAAACUACUUAUCUGGCAUCAACACUUCUGGUAUUGCUGGAGCUGGUCAGCAUCGUAAUAUCGAUCUUGCUUCUGCCGUGAACACAGACACGCUCACCUCGAUCAUUGCCGACCAAGAAAAGGUAGAUGCGUUAGUGGAACACCUACCUCAACUGGAGGGUGACGAUGACAAAAAGGAACAACUGAAGGAAACAAUAUCAUCACCGCAAUUCCAUCAGGCGUUAUCCAUGUUUUCUAAUGCUCUACAAUCCGGGCAGCUGGGACCUGUCGUUUCGCAAUUUAAGCUUAACGAAGAAGCUGUGGCUGCAGCAAAUGCAGGGGAUUUGGAACAGUUUGUGAAAGCAUUGGAAAACAUUGAUAGAGUUCAGUCCGAGAGCACAGGCUCUGUAAGUGGUAAGCAAUCUGCUGUACCGACCGCAACUGGUGGUGAACAACAGAAAACGAAGGAAGAAAACGGGCAUCGCAAGGGAGAUAAGAAAGACCAAGACGAUGAGAUGGCAGGAUAAAAAUGGUCUGUCUACAGGCGAACAGAAAACAGGCGAUUGCUUUACUCAUCUUUUAACCAUUUUCGUGUUUUAAUCUUUUUCAAACUAUCUACUAAUGAAAUCGGAAAUAAAUAUGUCGCGAUGAGUUUGAUUACUUAGGCUGAUGGACAUAAGA